AUGUAUCCAAUGCUUUCAUCAUCAAGCAGAACACCUAUUGAUGGUCGCCAAUUUAUUAAGUUAUUAAAAACUAAUACCAACGAAAAUAAGGGAGAAUUAGAAACCUUUUUUCCAUUAAGCGAAUUAGAAAAAUCCAAGAUUGAAACGCUCAUCAAUUUGGACAAUAUCGAAUCAGCCAUUGUUUCUACGAGCUCUGUUCUUUGUACGUAUCCAAAUCCUUUGUCUAUGGAUGUUAUAGAUAAAAUCACAAUGGCCAUUACUUCCAAUGCUUUCUUUCACAAUGAGAAGGAUACUGGUGGUAAAAAGUCUUCAGAGUUUUUCAAGGAAUGGACUAAUUUCGUUUCAAAUCUCAACAAGUUCAAGAUGAAUCAUCCCAGUUCCUCAGUUUUUUACACUAUUUCUCGUUUAUAUGAAGAGACGACAUCUUCCAACACUGGUUUCCCUUCACUCACCCAAGAGUUUUUUCUGGCAGCUCUUCAUUGCAAUAUUUAUUUCUUUGAAAACUACCUUCAACCCCAAUCUGCACAUAUUCCUGCUCUACUCUACAAAUUAGUUAUGUUAGCAAGGGCAUAUCGGCCCUCAAUAUGUGCUGAAUCCCAAAUGACAACCAUUCUGGAACAUGCUUUUAAAAUGUUUAGAUAUGUUUACUGGAAGCACAAUGCUAAUAUCACGUUCGUUUCAGCAUUUGACGAAAGGGAUGCUACAAUUCAAUUUCCAUUGGCAGAGUUCACUGAUUGCUGUAUUCACGUUGUAGAAACAUCAGAUUCUUUGGAAUUUGUAAAACAAACUCUUUCCACAGCAAUAGAACUACUAAAUGAAGUGAAAGACAGAAUAUCCCACAACCAAGUCAUUUUCCACUCAACCUGCCUAUGCAAAUGUUAUAGUGCAUGCCUAGAACAUUUAAGAACUACUGAAUCACCUCAAAAUGUUUCCAUCUGGGAGAUUAAUCAAAAAAAGUUGCGUUCUGAAAUUAAUAACGAAUUGUUUUCUCAAACAAUGAACACAAAUAUUGAUGAAGAUUUAACAUGA